CACUCUGUCUGUCAGUCAGCCGGGCACCGGCAUGGAGCAGUACCGGGGGCAGCGCGCUCUGCUCACCGACCUCUAUCAGUUCACUAUGGCGUACGGCUACUGGCUCAGCGGGAGGCACCGGGAGCGGGCAGAGUUUGAGCUCUUCUUCCGGGAAGCUCCUUUCCAAGGCGGCUUCGCUCUGUUCUUUGGGCUGAGCGAUUGUGUGACUUACCUGCAGGACUUCAGCUUCUCACCCAGCGAUAUUACGUACCUCCAAUCCAUCAUGGCCGACAACGUGGACAAGAAAUUCUAUGAAUAUCUGCAGACUGUGGAUGCUUCAGAAGUCACUUUAUCCUCCUUUCAAGAGGGCUCCGUAGUGUUUGCCAGAGAGCCACUGAUAAAGGUGACCGGUCCUCUGCUGGUUGUGCAGCUGUUGGAAACUACACUGCUGGCGCUAGUAAAUUAUGCCAGCCUUGUUGGUACAAAUGCUGCAAGAUUUCGCCUGGCAGCCGGCCCCCACAAGAAGCUGGUGGAGAUGGGCUUGCGAAGAGCGCAGGGUCCAGAUGGGGGCUUCUCUGCUUCCAAAUACUCUUACCUGGGAGGCUUUGAUGCGACCAGUAAUGUCCUGGCUGGGAAACUCUGCGGAAUUCCGGUGUCUGGGACCGUAGCUCAUUCCUACGUAUCCUCUUUCACCUCUCCUGAUGAAGUGCAUUGUAGGCUGGUGCAGGUGAAUGAGAAUCCCUGUAUGAAACUGAGUGAAGACCUGGAAAAAAUGACCAUCCCAGGGAGCAAAGAUGUUUACCGGUUAUAUGACAGUACUGGUUAUCCAUUCUUGGAUCUGCUGGCACUGGAGGGAGAACCUCAGACGACCCUUGACCAGGAAGUUGAAUUCCACCAAGUGGGCACAGUCACUGAAACUGUGAGAGUGACGCCAAUCAGAGCUGAGCGCCAGCACAUUGUGUACUUUAAACACGGCCAGCGACUCAAUCAUGAAAGCAUUGCGAGUAUUGAGCUUAUCCGAACUCAUGCCCAGGAGUCUUUAAACAAGUUCAGCCAAGGACACCUGAACCUGGACGACCCACAGCCUUAUAAAGUUGCCGUCACUGAGAAGCUGCACGGUUUGCUGACAAGCCUCAGAAGAGCAAAUAGUCUUCAGUAAAUUUCUCUUCGCUGCUGACUAAAAACUGUACACACUUCUGUACCACAAGUAGUCGUCCUCUCCUCAAUGCCAGCCACAAACAAGACGUGUGAAAGGUCUGGUUCUCAUCUGCUUUUUCUAGGGGACACAAAUUACCUCAGGAUCUGGAGUCCGUUCUGUCUUCCAGAGAAGUCAUGUAGCUUUCUAAACUGGAACCCAGUAGAACUUUCCGUUGAAAGGAUUCAGUAUGUUUGAAGGAUCUGUGCCAACUGUAGCUGUGUCCUGAGAUCGGAUAGUCUAUCGCAGUACUAGUGCAAGUAUUAAACUCUCUUCAUUUCAGUCCCAACGCCUCUCUUUGUAAAGGUCUUGUAUUUUGCAAGACUUAUUGAGUAACAUUUGCACAUUUUUCUUUAAUGUGAUAAUUACCUGCGAUAAAACAGCUGCCACUAAUAAAGUGUUUUCACGUGUGUGUUUACAAGUAA